GUUUCACGAUCCCCGAUCUUCUCUCGAGCGCUUCCUAGUCAAUCUCCUCCCCCUCCGCCGGACGCCGCCGCCGCUCACGAUACAUUUACGGGGCCUCCUCCUCUCUCCCUCUCUCUCGUUCGUUAGAGCACAUCUACGCCGCUCUGCGCGAUCAUCUCGGCUGGAGGAAUAGGAGUUUUUGGUUUCCUAAAUGGAUCAAUAUGAUCCUUUUAUUGACUCAUCAGAACCUAGGCAUGGGCUUCUAAGAGAUCGAGUUCGAUUGGUGAAGCGGAAGGACUGUAAUCGUUAUGAAGUUGUUUCAAUUCAAGGUUCAUUAUCAUUUGAAAAAGGCUUCUAUGUUGUACUACGUGCAUGCCAAUUGUUGGCACAAAGCAACGAUGGAAUUAUUUUGGUUGGGGUAGCUGGACCUUCUGGGUCAGGGAAGACUGUAUUUACCGACAAGAUUAUUGAUUUCAUGCCCAAUAUUGCUGUAAUAUCAAUGGACAACUACAAUGAUCCAAGUCGUAUCGUUGAUAAAAAUUUUGAUGAUCCACGACUAACAGAUUAUAGCACAUUGCUGGAAAACAUUGGAGGACUUAAAGAAGGGAGAUCUAUUCAGGUGCCAAUAUAUGAUUUUAAAUCAAGCAGUCGCAUAGGAUACAGGACUGUUGAUGUGCCAAGCUCUCGAAUUGUUAUUUUGGAAGGUAUCUAUGCUUUGAAUGACAAAUUGCGCCCUUUACUUGACCUCCGAGUUUCUGUGACUGGUGGUGUACAUUUUGACCUUGUCAAAAGAGUUUUGAGAGACAUACAACGUGCUGGACAAGAACCUGAAGAAAUAAUUUAUCAAAUUACAGAAACGGUCUAUCCAAUGUACAAGGCCUUCAUUGAGCCAGAUCUGCAAACAGCACAUAUAAAAAUUAAGAACAAGUUCAACCCAUUCACAGGCUUCCAGAAUCCAACUUAUAUUUUAAAGUCAACAAAAACUACAUCCGUGGACCAAAUUAAGGCUGUUCUUUGCGAAGAGCAUGAAGAAGUUGUAGAGGAAACUUAUGACAUAUAUCUGUUACCACCAGGUGAAGAUCCAGAAACAUGCCAAUCUUAUUUAAGAAUGAGAAACAAGGAUGGGAAGUACAACCUUAUGUUUGAGGAAUGGGUCACAGACAACCCCUUCAUCAUGUCACCGAGAAUUACUUUUCAAGUUGGUGUGCGUCUUCUUGGUGGGUUAAUGGCACUAGGCUACAGUAUUGCAACUAUUUUGAAAAGAAACAGCCAUGUUUUCUCUGAUGAUAGAGUGAUUGUGAAGCUUGAUUACUUAGAACAAUUAAAUCGUCACUAUAUACAGGUACAAGGAAAAGAACGCAAGUCUGUCAAGGAUAUAGCGGAGCAGUUGGGAUUGGAAGGUUCCUACAUUCCUCGUACUUACAUUGAACAGAUUCAGCUGGAAAAGCUCGUGAAUGAAGCAAUGGCAUUGCCAGAUGAAUUGUGGAGAAAACUAAGUUCAUAUGAUGAAAUGGUCUCGAAUCCUGGAGAAGCACCUGAACAGGCAUCUAGAAAUGCAGUUUGUAGGAAAAAUGGACAUUUAACCAGAGGAAUGUCUCGCUCCUACUCAUCACUUGAGGACAAAAGCGUUGCUAAGCUCACUGGGCUUGCCAUCAACGCCAGAAGUUUUGAGGGACACUCCAUUGGAUCAUCUGCGAUCGACCAGGAAAGUGCUCAACUGUCAGAACACAUAUCAUCUCUAAAUAAAAGGAUUUGUGAACUUAGCUUUCAAAUGGAAGAACUCAACUCAAAGUUUAGUUGCCAGAAAAUUUCAGAAAGUCCGCAGCACUUUGCUCUUGAAAGUGAAUCUUGUAAUGGCUCUCUCACGGCAUCAUUGCCCAGUUCAUCUUCUUCAUCCAAACUAAAUAAAGAUUCGCCCCUAACAGAUGAGUUCCUGCUCAUCACACGAGGACAACAACAAAUCAUGCAACGGUUGAGCAACAUCUCGAACUUAGUUCAUGAGCACUUGGCUCUAUCAACCCAACAGCAAAAACUUCAGGGGAAAAACAGACUGCUCGAUUUCAAGUUGAUUGGAAAUCCAGUAAUUAUUGUGAUAGUUGGUGGCAUCGGCGUUUUUCUUUUGAAACAUCUUAAACAGGACUAAGUCAUCAGCAGCAUUUAGCUUGAAGAUCUAGAGAAUACUCUUCCAUUCUAGCGGGUCAGUUCUUUUCCCCCCUUUCUUUCCAUCUCUUCAUAUCUCUCCAUCCUAAAGAGCCACAAGAUUGCAUUUUUUGGGACAGAAGUUUCAGAGUUAGAUCUAACUACGCUGAAAUUCCAGAGAUUCUAUUAUAUAUUUUUUCCCCUCAAGAAUGUAGUUGUUAAUUGGAUAUUGCCCUCAAAUUUUGAGCCAAAAAUGUUGCUAUUUAAUUUACCAUGCGACAGACAAGGACUUGCUUGAUAGAUUAACCAACUAGACCACGGCAACUAUAAUAGGAUGAUUAACAAUAAGUCUAAUUUGACUUUUA